AUGCCUCAAACCCGAUCCCAGACACAAGCCACCAUCAGGUUUCCGAAAAAGAAACUGUCUAAGACACCGAACAAAACGAACUCUGGUGAUACUAAAGUAAAACUUAAAAACAUACAGGUUGUACCCUCUGCUCCAUGUGUGGACACAAAACUUUUGCCUCUCAGUCCCAGGAAACGUUUGGGGGAUGACAACCUGUGCAACACGCCCCGUUUAUCUCCCUGUUCUCCGCCAAAGCUAGGCAGGAAAGAAAACGGGCCCCCGCGCUCACAUACACGGAAGGGAUGCAGACUGGUAUUCGAUGAUGAGCCGACGGUUAAGUCCUCGGGCCAAAAGGAACAAGACAGACUUCACCAGAACCAAAUAGUUCCCUCAGUGCCAAAAGGUCAAGAGAGCCAAACAAACCCUGAGCAGAAAUGUCCACCGGAGAAGGACUCUGCAUGUAUUAGACUCUUCAAGCAAGAAGGCACUUGUUACCAGCAAGCGAAGCUUGUCCUGAACACAGCUGUCCCGGAUCGGCUGCCUGCCAGAGAGCAGGAGAUGACUGUCAUCAGGGAGUUCCUGAAGGAACAUAUCUGUGGGAAAAAAGCUGGAAGUCUGUACCUUUCUGGCGCUCCUGGAACUGGAAAAACCGCCUGCUUAAGCCGGAUUCUGCAAGACUUCAAGAAGGAAGUGAAAGGCUUUCAGACUAUCAUGCUGAAUUGCAUGUCUUUGAGGAGUGCUCAGGCUGUGUUCCCAGCCAUCGCUCAAGAGAUUGGGCAGGAGGAAAUGUGCAGACCAGCUGGGAAGGACUUGAUGAGAAAAUUGGAAAAGCGUAUGACGGCUGAGAAGGGCCCCAUGAUCGUGCUGGUGUUGGACGAGAUGGAUCAGCUGGACAGCAAAGGGCAGGAUGUGUUAUACACACUUUUUGAAUGGCCGUGGCUAAGCAAUUCCCGAUUGGUGCUCAUUGGCAUUGCUAAUACCCUAGACCUCACAGACAGAAUUCUGCCGAGACUGGAAGCUAGGGAAAAGUGUAAGCCACGGCUACUCAACUUCCCGCCUUACACCCGAAAUCAGAUCGCUACGAUCUUGCAGGAUAGACUUAAUGAGGUGUCAAGCGACCAGGUUCUGGACAGUGCUGCGAUUCAGUUCUGUGCCCGGAAGGUGUCUGCUGUUUCUGGAGACAUCCGUAAAGCUCUGGAUGUUUGCAGGCGAGCUAUUGAAAUUGUGGAGUCGGAUGUCAAAAGCCAGACAAUCCUCAGGCCCCUGUCUGAAUGUCAAUCACCCUCCGAGUCGUUGGUUCCCAAGCGUGUUAGUCUUGCUCACAUAUCCCAAGUCAUUUCGGAAGUGGACGCUAACAAGGUGGCCUUGAGCCAAGAAAAAACCCAAGGCUCCCUCCCUCUCCAGCAGAAGAUCUUGAUUUGCUCUUUGCUGCUCUUGACCAGGCGGCUGAAAAUCAAAGAGGUCACUCUGGGGAAGUUAUAUGAAGCCUAUGGUAGCAUCUGUCGCAAACAGCAGGUGGCAGCUGUGGACCAGUCUGAGUGUUUGUCCCUUUCGGGACUCCUGGAAUCCAGAGGCAUUUUAGGACUAAAGAAAAAUAAGGAGAGUCGCCUCACCAAGGUGUCCCUGAAGAUUGAAGAGAAGGAAAUAGAGCAUGUCCUGAGAGGCAAAGCUUUCCUUGGUAACAUCCUCGCUGCUGGUCUGCCCUGAGCGCCUCUCUUCCUGCAGCUGCCCUUGUGUCCGGGCCAGAGAGUCUUCAUUUUAAUAAGGUCAUUUGGAAACAAUUCCAACCUUUUUUACUCGGCACCAGUAAAUUUUAGUGUAAGAGUUCAUGAGUGUUCACUCUGGCUCUUGCUGUUUUUACCCAUAAAGAUGACCAAAUAGCUGGGAGUGAUGGCAUGUGCCUGUGAUCCCAGCACUUGGGAAAUAGAGGCAGCAGUUAUCACAAGGUCAAGGCCAUCCUUUACUGCCUGGU